AUAUCCGGCAGCUUCUUCCAAUUAGUGGUUUUCUCCACACCAUCUUUUUGCUCUGCUCCAUCUCUGGCAGCUUCUUGAACCGGGGGACAAGACACGCUGGACUCUAGCGGGGGAAGGCCAGAUCUCCGGUUGAGAGUCAUAUGGGCUAUAGACAAUCGCACCGGCAUCAAUCCCGCAUAGGGUGAUUAGUGUAGCUCAAAAAUUUGUUGGCUGUGGACUUCUUUUUGUGGCUUGCGUUUCCUUUGAAGAAAUUGAAGAUUGAGCUCCCACCCUAGACUGAUAUUGUGAAAACUGCUCGAUUCAAGGAGCUCCAAUACAUAUCUCAUAACAAGGCUGGUUGCUGUUGCAAUGCAGAAGUUUGUUGCGGAGGUGGCAAGUGGUGCACGUUAGUAUGAUACUAAAACUCUUUCUCUACACUUUUUCCUUUGCUUCCUCUGUUCCAUUUUUCGGGCUUACUGCAUAUGGUAUAUUUUGCUUGGCCUGAUAAGGCUGACAGUGUUUGCAAAAUUGACAGUAUCUCAAGAUAUUUGAUGCUAGAAGUAAUAAAUAAACUAAUUUCUUAUGCUUAAGCUCCAAGUCUCUAAUAUGAAUUAUGGAAUGAAUGUGAGAUGCAUAGUUGCUGUAGAGUUCUUCUCCAAGUAUGCUGUAAGUUCUUCUCCUUGUCAUCCUUGGUUAGUGGGUUAGUAAUUUCACCUUUAGGCAUUUUUCUUACAAUUUCUUCCCAUUCAUUGUUUUUCUAGCUUUGUGUCUUUGACCUUUUGGGUUUCGUACUAAAUAUAAGUUGAUUUUUCUUGCAGGAUAUGGAACUUGUGAGUUCCCAACAGAAUAUGGAAACUAAUUAAGAGUGAGAUUUGGUGAAGUUUCUUUGGGUAGUUUUAGAAAUUUUGUGUUAACUUCUCAAACGGUAUAUAGUAUGAUGAUUGAGGAGUAGGUGUGGUUGUUAUUUUUAUUUGAACAUCCUAGUUUUGUUUAUUCUCUAGCUAGUUUAUUCUCUAGCUAGUGGAUUGUGUGCGUAUCCAUAAUAAAUCCAUCUUUACAAA